AUGAAAAUAAUCAAAUUUCCGGUGCGCAUUUCCCCGCUGGUGGUGCUUCUGGUUUGUAUAGAGGCCUUGUACGCACGAUCAAUCUCCGAGCGGAAGCGAGAUUACGAUUACGAAUUCGAUGGUACCAACGCGGCUUCCUAUCACGGUUCGAAAUCUGGAUACAGCGCUGGUAGCGGCCUUCGAUCGAUAGCCCAAGGUUCUGCAGAUCAGGCUAACAACGCUGUAGUUAGUCAGGUGGCAGCUGCCAAACAAGCGGCUUAUGUAGCCCAAAGUACCCUAGCCCAGGCGGCAUCCCAAGCUGCGGCAACUGCUCAGGCAGCGCUGGAAGGAAAACAGGUGCUUCUGCAAGGAUUGGAGCAUCAAAGUAUCGAGGCUCAUCAGGCACUGGAAAAUGAAAUUGCUCAACUGCAUCAAGCGAAAAAGUCGGCCAAGGCAGCUCAGUACGCUGCUCAGCAGGCUUUGAAUCACGUUCAGGUUCUAACCGCUGCGCUGAAUAACGCUCAGGUCGCAUCCGAACACACACAGCAAGCCGCCAAUGAAGCAUCCACGGAACUAGCCUCACAAAAUCAAAUGGUUGGAACUGCCAAGGCUCGUGUCGAAUCCAUCGAAGAGCAGCUAAGAGCUGCCCAGGUGGACUACGAGGCAACACUGGAAGCGGCUCACAAGGCAGCUGGUUCUGCACAGGAAGCACAGAAGAAUGCGGCGGAAGCGGCAAGCUAUGCCGCGAUUCAGCACCCGAUUCAGCUGGACCCGCACAGUGUUCAGUUCCAGUCGAAGGCUUCGAAACAGCAGCAACAUGAACCGGAAGAUGACAUCAACAGCGGCGAGAUAGACGUCGGUUCCAACCGAACAUUCGGAUGA